UUAUUUCCAAAAUCAAAACAUUAGAACGAAGAUGCAAGGAUGGCAUCCACCACCCCAGUAUUGUCAUUGGAGAAACUGAAAGAGGAUGUUCAAACGUUAAUAGUUGGAAAGGAAGAAAUUGAAAAGGAAAUAAAAGAACUUAGUGAAGUUUUAAAAUCGCAAAAAGAUGUUGGAAUGAAUGGUCCAUUAAUUGAUGGAGAGGGAUAUCCUAGGAAUGAUAUUGACGUUUACACAGUGAGGACAGCACGCCAUCGAAUCAUAUGUCUUCAGAAUGACUAUAAAACAAAGAUGGAUGAUAUUGAAAAAGCACUGCAUGAAUUGCAUGGUGCUCAGCGUGAUCAACUUGAAAAGAGUGUAGAACCUGUUCAGAUUGAAGAAGCCAGACUUUCCCCCUUUGCUAAAAUUGAUUUGGUAACUCCUGGAUCACCAGCAGAAACUGGGGAUUUUAGAGUUGGUGAUGAAGUAGUAUAUUUUGGAUCAGUGCAUAAGGGGAACUUUAAAAACAUCCAAGCAAUUGGCAGUAUUGUACAAAAUAGUCAAGGAAAACCAAUCAGGGUGAUUGUUUUAAGAGAUUCCAAGAGGAUUGUUUUGUCUCUGACCCCCCAGCGGUGGAGUGGUAGAGGACUUUUAGGAUGCAAUAUUGUACCCUUGAGAUGAUGGAAUAAAGAAUUAGGACAUCUGGAAGACUUGCUGGAAUAAGUGUUGGAGCGAGCAUGACUAGAUGAUGAUUGAGGAUGUUGAUAAAUACAAGAAUAUAAACUAUUUAAUAAAACAUUAGAAAAGUAGACAUUAGAUAACAUAAUGUGUCAUUACAAUAUCAAACUGACUACAAAAUAUACUUGAUAUACUUUAAUCACUCUUCAUUUCGCAAACAUAAACAAUAGCAACACUUGUAUUUAUAUCAAGACAAAAACUCUCAGAAACGAAGUUCAUGAAUUGUGUUAUUCUGAGCUUCAAAUCUAAAUAAAGUAAACAAGCGGCUCAGCUAAAGUUGAUCUGUAAUCGAGUUCUGAUCGCAGCUAGGAUUAAAUUUGGUUUUGAUGAA